AAAUUAUUUCAGACCAUCUGUUCGUGUUUAGCAGGAGUUUACAAUGAAUAUUUACUUAAAGACCGAGGAGCAAACAUUAAUAUAUUUGUACAGAACGUAUUUAUGUACAUUGACAGUAUUUUUUGUAAUAUCGUAAUUCUAAUAUUGCUUUACACGUUUUUAAAUGGUAAUUCGGACAUGCUUAACAACGUUGAUCCUAAUAUAUUUAUCCAACCGGUGAUCCUUUUGAUAAUGUCGAACAAUGCAGCAAUCGGAAUUAUCACAAGUUUUUUUUUAAGAAAUUUAAACUCGAUUUUAAAAACAUUCGCGAGUGCAUUAGAAUUGAUAUUCACGGCGGUACUUUGCUGGCUAAUAUUUAGUAUUCCUAUUCAUCUAAAUACCGUAGUCUCUAUCGCUAUGGUGUGCUAUGCGGUGAUUUUAUAUUCGCAAAAUCCAGUACAAAAUGUUCGAACCAAAGAACGAGCUAUUAGUAGCGUAAUUUAGAAGACAACUAAAAAAAUUUGUCAAUUAUGUAUAUCUCGAACGUGAAAAUAUUGUAUUUAUCUGCUCUUUACGUGUUCGUUUUGCUACGCUUUAUUGUACAGUUUUCUAAAAGUCAUAAAUAUAAGUGAUACAGUAUCAUUAGACAUGCUAGGAACAAACUAAGAACAAUUUUUAAUAGGAACUUAUGAGAUGUAAAUUACCAUUUUGUUUUUAAAUAUUUAUAUUUUACAUUGUUUGUAGAUAAUUUUAAUUAUCAGU